AUGUACCCUGCUGUGAUUGGAGCAGCAAUUGGCGGGAUGCUUUUUGCAGCCAUUCUUACGGUGCUGCUGCUCGUGUACAUAAUCCGCAACCGUAACAACAAUCCUCGCAGCACAGCCAGUCCAGGGAAAACAUUAACUUCCCAGAGGAUUAAAUGGUCGGAGGAUCAGAAGGUGGAUUUGAGGACAUUGCUGGAUCAUCUCGUCCAGGCAAGAGAAAUUUACAUCAAAUAUGUUCAAGCAAAGUUAAAAAUGGACUCUGCACAUUUGGGUUUUGGUCCAGCCCUGGCAAUACCCCGGGCAGCCUCGCCUCUGAGCGUUAACCCAGCCCCCGCCAGUCAGGCCCCUGCCGCUGGAGAAGGUAACGAGCCUGUCAGCGUCACCAUCACAGUCAAGGCUACGGGCUCCUAG